AUGUUCUACCACAUCUCCCUGGAGCACGAGAUCUUGCUGCACCCGCGCUACUUCGGCCCCAACCUGCUCAACACGGUGAAGCAGAAACUCUUCACCGAGGUGGAGGGGACCUGCACGGGGAAGUACGGCUUUGUCAUUGCUGUCACCACCAUUGACAAUAUUGGUGCUGGUGUGAUCCAGCCAGGCCGAGGUUUUGUUCUUUACCCAGUUAAGUACAAGGCCAUUGUGUUCCGGCCCUUUAAAGGGGAGGUGGUGGACGCUGUCGUCACUCAGGUCAACAAGGUUGGACUCUUCACAGAGAUUGGACCCAUGUCCUGCUUCAUCUCUCGACAUUCCAUCCCUUCGGAGAUGGAGUUUGAUCCUAACUCAAACCCACCGUGUUAUAAGACGAUGGAAGAGGACAUUGUGAUUCAGCAGGAUGAUGAGAUCCGUUUGAAGAUUGUGGGAACCCGCGUGGAUAAGAACGACAUUUUUGCUAUUGGCUCCCUGAUGGACGAUUACCUGGGCCUUGUGAGCUGAGUGCGGGGACCUCCUACC